AUGGAGGGGUCGGGGGGGAUUCCUCUAGCCAGGAAGGUGUGUUAUGCUGUGGGUGGGGUCCCAUAUCAGAUUACCACAGUAGCUAUAGGUGUUUCCCUGCAGAUCUUUCUUCUGGAUGUUGUGCAGAUGGAGGCCUCCUAUGUUUCCAUGAUUUUAUUUGUGAGUCGAGCCUGGGAUGCUGUGACUGACCCCGUGGUUGGAUAUCUGGUGGGCCGUAGUAACUGGACGCCCGUCGGCAAACUCACUCCAUGGCUGGUUCUUUCCACGCCAUUUGGUGUGCUGUCCUAUCUGCUGCUGUGGUUUGUGCCACAAGGCUCAGUGUCAAAGGCGCUCAGUGUGCUGUGGUUCCUUACUGCAGCCUGCCUGUUUGAGACCCUCAUGAGUUGCUACAACGUUCCUUACCUCUCCCUCAGCAUGUUCCUGGGGGGAGAUCGCAGAGACAGAGACUCUGCCACAGCCUACAGAAUGAGCGUGGAAAUGCUGGCGAUGCUGUUGGCUUCUGUAAUUCAGGGUCAAGUUGUAGCUGUGUACAACAAAGAGAAACAAAAUGUCUGUCAACAUUUGGACCAUGAAACACCUCAAAGCACAUCUUCACCACAGAACGCAUCCCUGCAGGAAACGCAUAAGGCUUUCCUGACCUCAGCUCUGGUCAUGGGUGCCUUGUUUUUCCUCUGCAGCCUGGUUCUCUUCCUGGGGGUGCAGGAGCAGCGAGCGCCUGUCUGCUCUGAUGAGAAAGUACGACCAUCCUAUCUGACCUCACUGAAGUUGCUGAUAUGUCACAAACCUUACCAACGACUGGUGCUUGGCUUUGUGUUCAGUGCACUUGCAUUUCAGAUGGCAUUGGGUAACUUUGCACUCUUCUGCAGUCAUGCUGCUGGGCUGGGAGCCCAGUUCCAGCACCUCCUACUGGUUCUACUGGCUUCUGCCUCUAUAGCAGUUCCUCUGUGGCAAGCAGUUCUUCUGAGAAUUGGAAAAAAGGCCACAGUUUUCAUCGGAUUAUCACUCUUCAUCCCAGCAGCGAUUAUAGUUGCCUGUGUUCCCGGUAACCUGCCAGUCUUCAUGACUAUGUGCAUUCUGAUGGGAUUCAGCGUGGCGACCAUAUUCUUGCUACCCUGGUCUAUGCUCCCCGAUGUGGUGGACGACUUUGCUGUGAGACAUCCGUCCUGCAAAGACCUGGAGCCUCUGUUUUUCUCCUGCUACGCCUUCUGCAGUAAGCUGGCGGGAGGCCUGUCCGUUGGAAUCUCAACCAUGACAUUACAAUUUGUGGGCUACAGAGCGGGUGCGUGUAACCAUGGUGACAGAGUGGUGAUGGCUCUGAUUGUGCUGUUCUCACCAGUUCCCAUCGCACUUCUGCUGAUAGGGAUGGUCUUUUUUCACUCCUACCCAAUCAAUGAGAGGCAAUCUUUACAGCUCCGGGAACAACUGACCACAGUUCAGUAA